AUGUUAUCCACCGCAUUUUCGACAGACGAUGGGUCACUGCCGUACAAUAUACGUUUGGGCAUUUGGACCAAUUGGUCCAAAGGCUCUGUCAUGGGAUCCACGUUGACUCUGACUCGAAAGGACGCCAGUCUACUCAUUGCCUUGACAGCCUUCUUUAUCAGCUUCGUUGGCUCGCGUUUUUGGAAAAUUGUGUGUUUUUUAUGUCAUCGCUACUUGUCUUCCUCACUUACUGCUCCUGAGGAUGCUCUACAUCACCAACGCCAAGUUAUAUUGCGCAACUCGUCCGCCGCAGAGUCGGGACUCUGGACUUUAAUACAAGUGAUGUGGGCUUGGCGCCAUCACGCCUCAAGGUCCGCUGUUCGACUUUUGCCUAUUUGUCUCAUGGCCCUAUUCUGCUUUGUAUCUUUCGUACUAGCCGGUGUUUUUUCGGCCAACAUAUCCUCGUCGGCUGGGGACGAGGUCUUGAUCGACGGCACGGAUUGCAGUAUUUUCUAUUCGGGAGACGCCUCGAACAUUGAUACUGCUCACGACUAUAGUAUUUGGAAUUCUCAGGUCGUGAAUAAUGCUUACAACUACGCGCAGCAAUGCUACGCUGUCGACAGCGCUACCUCUAUGAGUUCUUGCAACAGUUAUGUAGAGAACCGACUCGAUGCAAUGCGAGAUACUGCGGCUCCCUGUCCAUUCGCCAACGAUAUUUGCCGAGAUAACUCAUCCAACCUCAUUCUAGAUAGUGGUUACAUCGAUAGCCAUAAUCAUUUGGGCCUCAACUCCCCUCCAGACGAAAGAAUUCUUUCCCGACAAGUCCUGCAUUGCGCCCCCAUAAAGACUACCGGAUAUAAUACGUCAUACGUUGUUGGAAACACCAGCUUUACGAGAUACAAUUAUGGGCCAAACACCCGUAACACGGGCAAUUUCACAUAUCAAGUUUCGACCCAAGAGAGCCAGUACACACGGGCAAACGCAUCUCUUUCGGGCGUCGACUAUCGUCUCGGGUCUGUUCUGGCCUUCAUGUCUAAUGGGUCCGUGGAUCAGUUGAUGAGCGACUUCACUCCCAUUCCUCAGCUGUUUCGACACGAUGCAGACGUCAUGAUUUUCUUCCUAUCGGGAAACGGCGUCUUGUCCAUAACACCUAUAGACGACCCUUGGUACCGAAUGACCAAGCCAAUCGAUCACUUAGGGGUUGUCGGUGUGAAUGGCAGUUCACAAUCCUAUGGGAUGGAAAUUGCCGCAUCGCCAGUGGCCUGCACCUCACAGUUCCAAUUCUGCAACUCGGUGUCGACCAGUUGCGGGCCAUUGACGAAUUACCUAGACGCAAUGAUUGGCACGGCACCUUUAUUCAAUACUACGGAAGACUGGAUUUCCCAAGACGGACCCCCGCCGACUAAAUUCGGCAGUCGUUUCCAGUGGUUCGUGCAUGAGCUUUCGUGGUUUCCAAUUGAUAUCUCGAGCAUAGUGUCCACGCUCGGCACCACGGGAUUGGCAUCCCGGCAAAGCUUAGGAGCAGGUGUCCAACAACCAUUGCCAAGUAAUCAGUGGCAGACCGAAGUCACUGGUUGGUGGGCUACAUGUCUUGCGGCCUGGCAAGCCGUACUGGUUGAGCGAGCACGAGGCGUGCAAAAUCCGGCGUGGGCAAAGUAUCGCGCGCUUCCUCAAAAUCAAUACCAACGAGACAUGUGUUACAACCAGAAAGUACGCAGCACACUUUACGGCUCUUUCAACAUGUUCGGGCUUCUGCUCACUUAUAUCGCUGGACUUCUCAUCAUCAUAAUCUCUUAUUUGAUCGAACCUGUCCUAGCAUGCCGGUACCGUCGCAGCAAAUACAAACCUUACAAGUACCUCGAGUGGACCACAGGGUCGAUCUUGCAACAGCAGCGCCUGGUCCAUGAGAACGCGGGGUCAGGGGACUGGGACCAAUGUACAAGCGACGUACCGACUACUGAUGGGACUCUCAAGCUCGGGUACUUGGAUCUGAGCGACCCAGAUCAUCCAAGGAUAUCCGCAUGUCGCGAAACAGAAACACAGUCCAGGGAUGAUGCCAAGAGUUUGCAGAACAACACGAGCGAAGUCGCAAGCCGUUCCAGUCUUCAACCCGUGGCGCAAGCCGCACGAACGAGAAGAGGAAGAGCAACCUUUGAGCAUCGUAACAGUCAACUCAACUGCCGAUGGGGCCGCUGA